AUGGAGUCAAUCGAACAAGAAGUAGUCUUUGAGCUACCAAUGACUAUCAGAGUUCACAAAGAUGGCCAUGUAGAGAGAGUGAUACCCACAGAUUUUACCCCACCAUCAACCGAUCCCAUCACAGGCGUUUCAUCGAAAGAUAUUGUAGUAGUCCCAGAAUCCAACAUAACUGCUCGCCUAUUCCUACCAAAAAUCACAGUUCCAAACAAAAAACUCGCUGUCCUUGUUUUUUUCCACGGAGGAGCCUUUAUUGUCAACACACCAUUCAUUGCUCCAUUCCAUAACUAUGUAACCAAACUUGUCUCUGAAGCUGAUGUUGUUGCUGUUUCUGUUGACUAUAGGAAAGCUCCGGAGCACCCUAUCCCAGCUGCAUAUGAAGAUUCAUGGGCUGCACUCAAAUGGGUUGCUUCCCAUUCUAAUGGAGAUGGACCUGAGCAUUGGUUAAAUAAUCAUGCAGAUUUUCAGCAUGUCUUUUUGGGUGGCGAUAGUUCUGGUGCUAACAUUGCUCACAAUCUGGCUAUGGCUGCUGGGAAAUCUGAGCUUGGGCUUGGUAUUGAGCUUCUUGGGAUUGCUUUGGUCCACCCUUAUUUUUGGGGGUCGGUACCUAUUGGAUCAGAGGAGGUUUAUCCGGACGACAAGUGUAUCAUUAAUCGGGGUUUUGUGGAUCGGGUUUGGCCAUUUAUUUGUCCGUCUAACCCGGAUAAUGACGAUCCACGGGUCAACCCGGUGGCAGAAGGUGCACCGAGCCUAGUGGGUUUGGGUUGUAAGAGGGUGUUGGUUUGCGUAGCUGAGAAUGAUGUGAUGAAAGAUAGAGGUUGGCUUUAUUAUGAGGCAUUGGGCCGAAGUGGGUGGAUGGGUGUGGUUGAGAUAUUUGAGACCGAAGGAGAGGAUCAUGGAUUCCAUUGUCAUGACUUGGAAUACGAGAAAUCUAAACAGUUGAUCCAAAGAAUGGCUGCUUUCUGCAUUUAUGAAGAGCAUUCAAAUCUGGAACCUUCGGUUUCCAUUUUAAAACGGGAUACCCCGAAGCCUGGUGGUGUAGUUUCUAACCCUGUGCACAAAUCUGGCCCAAAGCCCAGUUAUGCUGCAGUUCAUCCCAAAAACCACACUGGUAAGGCCUCCUCCGCUUCUAUUGGGCCUCUGAGACAGAAUGUUCAGCCCAAGAGCUCAUCUGUUUCUUUCAAUUCCCUCGAUAAAACAGUUUUAGCUACUCGUAGAACUACGGUUGUUAAGAAGGAAGAUAGUUCUUUGGUUCGUACUAUUGGAACCAUUCCCGUACCACACAAUUCCAUAUCCCCGAAUAACCACAAAGAUGUCCACAUUGAAGAUCCUUCAUCUCACUUUAACGAGGAGGUAAUGGAGGUUGAAGGGGGUGAUAUUUGUUGUGAUGAUACCAGGUUGAAUGAUCACGAUCUUCAAGGAUUACCACCUGUGAAACCGCCAGAUAUCAAUAGCUCAUCUUUCCCUGAGAGUUUGAAGAAAGCUGAAAGGAAAAAAGCUUCUAAAUCUGGUGCUGCUGGUAGCCAAGAUUUUCGGCUAACUUUGAAUGAAUUUCUGAAGAAUUAUAAGCCUUUUACGGUUAUUUUGGUGGAAACUAGAAUCGGUGGGGAAGUGGUUGAUCGUGCCGUCAAGAAAUCUGGUUUUCCACAGUUUCAACGUGUAGAAAUGAACGGUUGUUCUUACAGGAUUUGGCUUUAUGGCAUGAUGAAGUGGAUGUGA